AUGGCAAGGAAAACGAAGAUAAUAAACCAUAAAGAUGGAGAACAAUCCAGCAGAGAUCGAAUAAUUACCACUCCCCGACCCACUCCCCUCCACUGGCAAGGGAGGAAAAGACGCCCUGCGCUGGAUGAGCUUGUCAGCGAAACGUUGAACAGUACUCCCUGGGGUGCCUGUUGAAUUCCCGCUCA